UCUCCCACCCCGCGUCCUCCCCCAUCCGCCUCCUCGCGAAAACCCUACCACCUCCGCCGCCGCCGCUCUCCCCCGAGAUCCCGCGCGUCGUCGCAGUCCGCAGCCCGGUCUUUGUCUUCGAGCGCCAGGAGAUAUGGCGGAAGAAGCCGUCGUUGAGGCCCCACCUGCCCCGGUUCUUGGAGAACCGAUGGACCUGAUGACUGCUCUGCAGCUUGUGAUGAAGAAGUCAAGUGCUCAUGAUGGGCUUGUGAAGGGGCUGCGUGAGGCUGCCAAGGCCAUUGAGAAGCAUGCUGCUCAGCUUUGCGUGCUUGCUGAGGACUGUGACCAGCCUGAUUAUGUCAAGUUGGUCAAAGCUCUCUGUGCUGAGCACAAUGUUCACCUUGUUACUGUGCCUAGUGCUAAAACUCUUGGCGAGUGGUCAGGGCUUUGCAAGAUUGAUUCUGAGGGCAAGGCGAGGAAGGUUGUAGGCUGCUCUUGUGUUGUUGUCAAGGACUUCGGUGAAGAGUCUGAGGGCCUCAACAUAGUCCAGGACUAUGUCAAGUCUCACUAGAUAUAGCCGUCCGAUAUCAAGAACUUGUUAUUGACAUUGUGUACCUUCCUUUAAAUUUUGCGUUGUUCUGUGGCUUGCUAGGAGAUAAGAAAAUUUUUGUGCUGUGAGCCAAGGGGAUAUGAGCAAUUCGAACCUCUGAACUUUAUGUUUACUGUGCUCUGGAUCAGCUGUUAUUUAUCCAAAAUCGUCAGGAGCUGAGGAUCUGUUUGCCCGA